UUUAAUACAGAUGUUUCAAAAUUACUUGGAAGUACAACUUUUUAAAUGAGGAAAAAAAAAUGACUGAGUGCACUAAGGGGUGGUAAAAACCCAUACUUCAAAACCCAUGCGUCGUGACGUCACUGCUUCCUGCGCCGGUCAAAAUGGCGGCUAUGCAAGAUGGCCCGAUGGAGCUGGACAGCGAGAAAGAGACAAAGCCAGAAAUUCUCAGCGAUGGCUCGGCGAAACUCCCCGGGAGUACGGGGAGCGGGGCGCUCUCUUCGUCGCCCCUCACCGCCGCCCCCGCCGGUGGAGCUCCGAAACCGGAGGAACAGCAAACUUUGAUCGCAGUGCUGCAGUUCUUGAAGCGGAAUAAACUGACGGAGUCGGUAGAGAUCCUGCGGCGCGAAGCCGGUCUAUCGGACGACCAGGAGGACUCACAGGCUCCAGAUGCCGGCGGCGGAGGAGGGCCCGGGGCAGUAGGGAAGGGUGAUGGGAAUGGAGGGGACGCAAACUCUCUGCUCAGCCGUGUGUCCAUUGCAGCAGCAGCCGCCCCCCAGACCGCCCUGACUCCCAUGCCCGCAAAGAGCUCGGAUAACCAGCCGGACGUCAGUGUUGUGCUGUCAGCAUACAGCCAGCAGGGGGACCCCUCUCUGUACCAGGUGUAUUACAGUGGCCUGAAGAACUUCAUAGAGUCAGUACUGGACUGUCACAGAGCGGAGCUCUCACAGCUCUUCUACCCUCUUUUCGUUCACAUGUACCUGGAGCUGGUCUACAACAACCAUGAGAACGAAGCCAAGGCCUUCUUUGAGAAGUUUAGUGGUGAUCAGGAGUGCUACUAUCAGGACGAUCUGCGUGUUCUCUGCGGCCUCACAAAGAAAGAGCACAUGAAGGGGAACGAGGUCCUGCUUGACUUCCGCACCAGUCGUUUCGUGCUCCGCAUCUCCCGUGACUCGUACCAGCUUCUGAAGAGACACUUACAGGAAAGGCACAAUAACCAGAUAUGGAACAUAAUCCAGGAGCAUCUGUACAUCGACAUUUUUGACGGCAUGUCCCGCAGCAAGAGCCAGAUCGACAGCAUGUCCGGCAGUCUAGCGGGAGAGGCCAAAAGAGAAGUCAAUAAAGCCAAGGUAUUCUACGGGCUGCUGAAGGAACCAGAGAUUGAGGUCCCACUAGACGAUGAAGAUGAGGAAGCUGAGAAUGAGGAAGGAAAGCCCAAGAAGAAGAAAACCAAGAAGGACAGUAUGGGCUCCAAGAGCAAGAAACAAGAUCCUAACGCCCCUCAGCAGAACAGAAUCCCUUUGCCAGAGCUGAAGGACUCAGACAAACUGGACAAGAUCAUGUACAUGAAGGAGAGCACCAAAAGAAUCCGACUCAGUCCUGAUAAUCUGCCUUCCAUUUGCUUCUAUACGUUCCUCAAUGCCUACCAGGGUUUGACGGCUGUAGACUUCACAGAUGACUCCAGUCUCUUAGCAGGAGGGUUUGCUGACUCCACUGUCCGUGUGUGGAGUGUCACACCCAAAAAAUUACGCAAAGUCAAAUCCGCGGCAGAUCUGAAUCUGAUUGAUAAAGAGUCUGAUGAUGUUCUGGAGAGGAUCAUGGAUGAGAAGACAGCCAGUGAGUCCAAGAUCCUCUACGGUCACAGCGGGCCAGUGUACGGCGUCAGCUUCAGUCCAGACAGGAACUAUCUGUUGUCCAGUUCUGAGGACGGUACAGUCAGACUGUGGAGUCUGCAGACGUUUACAUGUCUUGUUGGGUAUAAAGGACACAACUAUCCAGUAUGGGACACUCAGUUCUCACCCUUUGGUUAUUACUUUGUGUCUGGAGGACACGACAGAGUGGCACGCCUCUGGGCAACAGAUCAUUACCAGCCAUUACGGAUAUUCGCUGGACAUCUAGCUGAUGUCACCUGCACUCGCUUCCAUCCCAACUCCAACUAUGUGGCCACAGGCUCGACCGACCGCACUGUACGUCUCUGGGAUGUGCUGAACGGAAACUGUGUCCGUAUUUUCACAGGUCAUAAGGGGCCCAUCCAUUCUCUUGCAUUCUCACCCAAUGGAAAGUUCCUGGCAUCUGGUUCCACCGACGGGAGAGUUCUGCUAUGGGACAUUGGACAUGGGCUGAUGAUUGGAGAACUGAAGGGUCAUACAGACACCAUUUAUUCCCUCAAGUUCAGUAGAGAUGGAGAAAUCCUUGCAUCAGGCUCCAUGGAUAACACCGUACGACUGUGGGAUGCUAUGAAGGCAUUUGACGACAUUGAGACGGAUGACUUUACUGCAGCGACGGGCCACAUACACCUGCCUGAUAACUCGCAGGAGCUUCUGCUGGGCACAUACUUGACCAAAGCCACAGCCGUCACACACCUACACUUCACCAGACGCAACCUGCUGCUGGCCGCAGGGGCGUACAACUCCCAGUGAAGUGCCAAGAUGUUCGCCAAGUGGAUGUCUCUGCUGUAUAGCCAUGUUUGUUUUACAUGAGUGGUGCUUCUUAUUCAAAGACUUCUUAUCACCCUAACAUGUGAAAAAGCUUCUAGUGACCAUUUUUAAGUCACGUUCAGCUAACAAGUCUUACUGCCAAGAUCAGACUGAGUCAAGCACUGAGUGUACAUAAGCUACCUGGGAGCACCUUCAGUUAACUCUUAUGUCAUAUUUUACAGUGUAAAACUCAGUUACAGUUCAUCCCAAAAUUCUGUCACACAUUUACGCACUCUCAUUAUGUUCCAAACUUGUAUGACUUUCUUCUGCGGAACACAAGAUGAGAUGUUAUGCAGAAUGUUAGCCAGUCUCCAUUUACUUUUAUUGCAUCUUUUUCUCCAUAGAAUAAAAGUGAAUGGUGACUGAGGCGUUCUGCAUAACAUCUCAUUUUUUUAUCCCAUGGAAGAAAGUCAUAUGGGUUUGGAACAAUAUGAGGGAGAUUAAAAAAAGACUUUUGUAUAAAUGAUCACUUAUACACGACUCCUCUAAUUUGGUUGUACAAAUAGUAUUUGAGCUCAUGCAUUUAUUUUUCCUUUCUUGUAUCAUCACUCCCAUGCUUGUUUUCAAGACCCUUAUGCAUGAUAUAUCUCUGAGAUGGCUGUUCUUAGAUCAGCUCCUUUUGCCUAUAUAGAUGAUGAACAUUUGGACAUGAAUCCAAAAACUGGUCAUACAUCAGAAUGCCAGCUCAGACACAGUAUGUGAUGCAAACAAGCACGAAUGCCUAAAUGUGUAAAUAAAACCAGUUUUUGUAUACAA